AAUUCAAAGAACAAAGCAACGACACGCUAAAGUUGUAUUGCUAAUGUAUCUUCAUCCUUCAAAUAUACGACCGUUAUUUGAAAUUCAAACUAGACUAUUGCUUGGACGUGUUAACAUCAACAUAAUUCCUGUUCAUAAUCCGCAAGAGGCGGUUAAUUUGAUUGAUAUCAUUUCUAGAGGAUUUUUUCCGGAAAAACAACCACCAAUUGCUCAGCAACUAAUCAUGGAACAAAAUCAAUGUAUUAACAAUCCGACAAGUUUGACAGCUACAAACAAAUGGGUUCAUCUUGUCUCACAAAUGUCAGCGGGAACCAGAAAUCUCCAAUUAAAUGAAGUCUAUUUUCUUCAAGAAGGAUUUCAAACGAUACAUAAUAUGGCUACAGCGAACUUGCCUCAAUUAUUAGAUUGUGCGUUGGAUCGCGAAACCGCACAGGAUGUGGUAAAGUUUUUCGAGGAAGACUAUGUCGCUUAA